AUGGUAGGAACAUGGUUGAGAGGACAAGUCGUUAAGUGUAGUGCGGACCAUGGUGUUGGCGCCAUCAAGCCAUUCCUACAGGCUGUCACCGUUGCUUACUCGCGUGAGGGAGCGUUGCUGAAUGUGAAACCAACCGAUCACAUCAUGUUUUUUUUUGACGAUAUACACACGAAGGGUGGGAAACGGCCUUUGUAUGCGAAAAGCCAAGAGCGACUUACCGCAGUGCUUCCCAUUAUACAUAUGGGUAGUGUGGUUAGCUUCACACUGCGCCAUCGUGUUUUUUUACAGAAAGACCUCAUGGUAGGCGCAUGUCAAGGGAUUGAAGCGGAUAGAGUGACAGUAGAUGGCGAGGCAUCAUUAAAAACUUCUUCACAUUGCCUAAGUAGUAUUGAGUGGCUGACAUGGAGGGAGGAGCAGAGGUGUUUAGAGAGUCUGCUUCAGAAGAGAGGCCAGAUAGAUGCCCCCAUCACCCAUAGUGACAUCUUGGACUCGUUCAGCGUUAUGCCCAUUGAGUUUUGA